AUGCUCGUAGAGGAGCUCAUCAACCGCCAUGGGCCGGCACCCCCCGUCCCCAAGGGUAUCCAGAACGAUACCACGUACCAAGAGGUAGUCAAGGUUUAUCACGAAAUGUACGCGCCGGGCCUGCAUGCCUUGUUUGAAUCGAUAUGGUUCUACUUCACGGAAAAUGGCAAGAUGUCCUUCCCCCGGCAAGGCAGCCUGGUGGCACAAAUGGCCGUGUUCCUCAAGGUGCUGGAGAACAUCAAGGUGACGGACCGGGCACAGAUGAUGUACUCGAGUACCUUGGAGUUACGCUUGGUGUGGGACCUAGCCAAGAACGCCCUGUCUGCUGCGCCCGAUGGGGUCGACAACCGCACCCGCGAGACCAUGCCGCACGAGAAUGACGCCGUCGAGGUCAAGGCGCGCUUCCGCCUCGUCCAGGCCCUGCUCGACGGUACCCUUCUCCCCUUCAACCCGGCUUGCCCACCCAUCAGGAACAGCAACAACCCGCACCGCCUGCGCGAGCUGGAGUUCUGGUUCAGCCUCGGCGAGUUCGUCACCACGCACGUCAAUGCCAGCCCAAUGAUGGUCAGGCGGGAAGCCGACAUGGCAGUGCGCGGAGUCGCCCUGGAAACGAUGCGCAAGUUCCUCGACGGCCGCGAGAAUAGGGAUGUCAUCUACUCAAUUGCUGUGGUGCGCCACAAUGCCUACCGCUUCAACAUGGCACAGGCCAUGCUGGAAAAGUAUCACCUGCCCGAGAGUGAUGCACGCAACAAGGCCGUCGUCGCAUCGAAGUUCAUCAUGUCCCAGACCCAGGCUACUGGCAGCAUGACAAACGUCACGCGGCGCAUAUGCGACCUCGCCAAUCAGCUCUAUGUCAGUCCUGGGUACAACAUCAUUUUGCCUGAAGAGCAGUGA